AUGACAAGUUUACAAAGAUCAGCAGUUUCAUUCCGACGUCAAGGUUCUUCAGGUCGAAUAUGGGGUGAUCAAUUCAUUUUAAAUCAAAGAGGUGGAGAAAAUCUUCAAAAUCAAGAACACGGAGGAGAACAUCACGGUAAAAAUAGUAAUUGUCCUGGAGAUAACAUUCAAAUACAAAAAUCAAGUAGUUCAUCUUCUUCAUCAUCGCCAUCUUCAUAUUUUUCUGAAAUACGCCGAGGAACAAACAUUUCAUCUCCAACACGAAGCAAGCCUGGUUGCGGGUUAUCAUCAUUUUUCCGACGAUGUAUUGGUUCUUCAGCUCAUGCAUAA